UGAUUGAUUGAUGUUUAAUUUCCUGCCAGGCGGGGCCCCCCUCCCCCCGCAACCUCCCCAGCCCUCCUCCCCGCCCCCCACUCCCCUCCUUUUUUUGCGGUGGACCAGUCUGGCUUGGGUUUAGAUCCGUCCCCCCCCCAUUCCCAUCCCGAAAUAACCCAGAGACUUCCCCUACCCCCAUCCCAAAUUAUUAUUUUGAAGGCGCUAGAUCUGGGGACCGAAAGGGGGAGGGGGAGAAAUCGGAAACCGAGGACAACCCAAAAGGACUCACUUUGCCUGAUGACUCAACGCAACUAAUAACCAUCUCCCUCUCAGUGUGUCUCUCUCUGCGGCUUGUCAGUGAGUCCGGCUCUGGCUUCUGGCAGAGGCGGCCGCGAGGGAAGAGGUUGGAGGUGACAGCUUGGGCGGCCGCGGCGUUUUCUCUGGAGCGCGGUCCGGGGUCUCCGCGCCUCCUCCGCUCUUGGUGGCACGGUCACCGCGGCUCCAGCCGCGCCUCCUCUCGAGCUAGCGGCGGGUAGGAGCCGGCAAGCCCGCGGCAGCCUCCCAGUCCUCAGCCCUUUCUCUCCAGAACCGGUCUCCUUCCCGAAGGACCCGGGGAAGAGGAAAAGGAAAGGGGAAGGAGGAAAAGAGAAAGGAAGAUUAGGACAACCCUACAGAUCACCAGAAACUUUCCACCCUGGAUUCUCUACUUUUGCUCCAUGGACAGAGCCCCAGCCAGCCAAGUUUCAGACAGACCGUGAGCAGUCCCUGCGCGUUUUAUUGCGACCUGCCGGUGGGAACUUUGUCUCCAAAUCGGAGCAGCAUGGAGCGGCGGAGCGAGAGCCCGUGUCUGCGGGACAGCCCCGACCGAAGGAGCGGCAGCCCCGACGUCAAGGGGCCUCCCCCGGUGAAGGUGGCCCGGCUGGAGCAGAACGGCAGCCCCAUGGGAGCCCGCGGGAGGCCCAACGGCGCCGUGGCCAAGGCCGUGGGAGGUAACAGCCCGGAGCUGGGAGGUUUGAUGAUUCCUGUCUUCUGUGUGGUGGAGCAGCUGGACGGCUCUCUGGAAUAUGACAACAGAGAAGAGCACGCCGAGUUCGUCUUGGUGCGAAAAGACGUGCUUUUUAGCCAGCUGGUGGAGACCGCGCUCCUGGCCCUGGGCUAUUCCCACAGCUCCGCGGCUCAGGCCCAAGGAAUAAUCAAGCUGGGGAGGUGGAACCCCCUCCCGCUCAGUUAUGUGACAGACGCCCCUGACGCAACCGUGGCCGACAUGCUUCAAGACGUCUAUCACGUUGUGACGUUGAAGAUCCAAUUACAAAGUUGUUCGAAGUUGGAAGACUUGCCUGCGGAGCAGUGGAACCAUGCCACAGUCCGCAAUGCCUUAAAGGAACUGCUCAAAGAGAUGAACCAGAGCACAUUAGCCAAAGAAUGCCCUCUCUCCCAGAGUAUGAUUUCAUCCAUUGUAAAUAGCACGUACUAUGCCAAUGUGUCAGCAACCAAGUGCCAAGAAUUUGGGAGAUGGUAUAAAAAGUAUAAGAAGAUUAAAGUGGAAAGAGUGGAGCGAGAAAACCUUUCAGACUAUUGUGUUCUGGGCCAGCGUCCAAUACAUUUACCAAAUAUGAACCAGCUGGCAUCCCUGGGGAAAACCAACGAACAGUCUCCUCAUAGCCAAAUCCACCACAGUACUCCCAUACGAAACCAAGUGCCCGCCUUGCAGCCCAUCAUGAGCCCCGGGCUCCUCUCGCCCCAGCUCAGUCCGCAGCUCGUCAGGCAGCAGAUAGCCAUGGCCCAUCUGAUCAACCAACAGAUCGCCGUCAGCCGGCUCCUGGCUCACCAGCACCCUCAAGCCAUCAACCAGCAGUUCCUGAACCAUCCCCCCAUCCCCAGAGCAGUGAAGCCAGAGCCGACUAACUCCUCUGUGGAGGUCUCUCCCGAUAUCUACCAGCAAGUCAGAGACGAGCUGAAGAGGGCCAGCGUGUCCCAGGCUGUCUUCGCCAGAGUGGCGUUCAACCGCACACAGGGAUUACUGUCAGAGAUUCUGCGUAAGGAGGAAGACCCCAGGACUGCCUCUCAGUCUCUGCUCGUAAACCUGAGGGCCAUGCAGAACUUCCUCAACCUGCCCGAAGUGGAGCGCGAUCGCAUUUACCAGGAUGAGAGGGAACGGAGCAUGAACCCCAAUGUGAGCAUGGUCUCCUCCGCCUCUAGCAGCCCCAGCUCCUCCCGAACCCCACAGGCCAAAACCUCGACACCGACAACAGACCUCCCUAUUAAGGUGGACGGCGCCAGCGUCAACAUCACAGCUGCUAUUUAUGAUGAGAUCCAACAGGAGAUGAAAAGGGCCAAGGUGUCUCAAGCCCUGUUUGCCAAAGUGGCUGCGAACAAAAGUCAGGGCUGGCUCUGUGAACUGCUUCGCUGGAAAGAAAACCCCAGCCCAGAAAACCGCACCCUCUGGGAGAAUCUCUGCACCAUUCGCCGCUUCCUGAAUCUUCCCCAGCACGAGAGGGACGUGAUCUACGAGGAGGAAUCGCGACAUCACCACAGCGAACGCAUGCAGCACGUGGUCCAGCUCCCGCCCGAGCCCGUGCAGGUCCUCCAUCGACAGCAGUCCCAGCCGACCAAGGAGAGCUCUCCUCCCAGAGAAGAAGCGCCCCCACCACCCCCUCCCGCCGAAGACAGUUGUGCCAAAAAACCCCGCUCUCGCACCAAGAUCUCCCUAGAAGCCCUGGGCAUCCUGCAGAGCUUCAUCCACGACGUCGGCCUCUACCCCGACCAGGAAGCCAUCCACACCCUGUCGGCCCAGCUGGAUCUCCCCAAGCACACCAUCAUCAAGUUCUUCCAGAACCAGAGGUACCACGUGAAGCAUCAUGGGAAGCUGAAGGAGCACCUGGGCUCCGCCGUGGACGUGGCGGAGUACAAGGACGAGGAGCUGCUGACCGAGUCGGAGGAGAACGACAGCGAGGAGGGCUCGGAGGAGAUGUACAAGGUGGAGGGGGAGGAGGAGAACGCGGAGAAGAGCAAGGCGGCGCCCGCCGAAACCGACCAGAGAUAAUGUGAACUCCACCAGACGAAGCAAUAUAUGGGUCCAAGGACUUUCUGUUUUCCUUUCUUUAAAAAAAAAAAAAGGCUUUGUUUUUAUUUUGGUUUUGUUUUUAUCGUCUGUUUUAUCUUUCUUACCCGUAAUGGCAUUCCUCUGUCGCACAGGAUCGCCUGUAGACUGAGUAAACUCAGUGAGUGGUUCUGAGUCGGGUGUCACCUUGGCAAAGACACUAAGUGUCAAACUCUGAUCAUUGACUGGACCGCAGUGAUGCCAGUCACGGGAGACUCCGCCUUCAUUCCCCUUGCUCUUUUGGAAGAGACACCAGGCAACUUCCAGGAUGGAAAGACCCACGAGAUAAAUGAAGGAAGCUACGAGUGUGUGUAUAUGUAUAUGUAUAUAUCUCUAUAUUUACAUAUAUAUAUUAAAAAUUGCAUGGGACAGAGAACUUUACAAUCCGAAAGAAUAGACUGUGAAAUGAGUUCUUAAAGAAAAGACUUGUUUAUGUAUAAAAAAAAAAUGCCACUUCACAGUGAGUUGUUCUGGCUUUUUGAGAAACUGCGGCCUGCUCUCAGGGUGGGGUGACUAUUUUUGAAUUCCUAUUUAUUUUGUGUGUUUGUCCCUGAUCUAUUUUUUUUUUUAAUUCUAUGGCUUCCUAUCUGGCAGCUUACUGGGUAAUUUUUGAGGUAUGUAUUUAACAAAAUAACACUGCCAAAACAAAAACAAAUAAACAAAAAAAAAAAGUAAAGAAGCAAGAGAAAGGCAAGAAGAGAAUGAGCCAGAGGGAAUCAGGGCCCGUUAGUAAGGAGACAGUACACAUUUCUCCGGGAGACACAAUGCACACUUGCGUAGACUCGAGGACGUGAGCCGCCACUUUCCGUUCGUUAUCCUGAGUGGUGCAUCGGCGCUGUCGCGAGCAGAUGCCUUCUGUGGAAUUCCUUCCGAGCCAAGUCCAGUGCAGAGGAAACUUGACCAUUAAUUAGCGCAGUCUCCAAAGAUGACAUUUUACAUGGGACUUACGGAGUUCAUGCUAUGAGCCACAUUUUAUCUUGAAGUUUAUUUACCUGCUUGUGGCUUCAAAUUUUAAAACUAUUAAGCCUGCUCAUUUUAAAUUGUUGGUUGUUACUGUUUUUUUUUUCUCUUUAUUGUUUCUGGAUUUUUUUUUUUUUUUUUAAGAAAUAGAACAUAGUUCAAUGUAAUGUUAAGUUAGAGAAAGACGUUUCUGCCCAGUUAGAGGGGCUUCCACUCAAAUAAAUCUCCACCCGGCCUCUCCCCCAAGUGUUUCUUCCUCCCCAUUUCGGACCUUCCUCUUCUCCGUACACAUCCCAUCCACUUUAGCCAAGCCUCUGCAGCCCCCCUGAGCUCACAUGCUGCCUCCAUGCCCCCCCCCCCCUCCCCGCCACGGCAGCCCUAACAGGAACCUGCUUUCCAGAAUCUCUGCACCUCCAGGCAAUAGAGUCAGUGAAGCGAUCUCAGCAGAGUCACCCAGUCCUCGGAAAAGGAAAUACCGCCCCUGUGCCCCACAUAGCGCUUACCUGAUGUAAAGCGGAACUAACGCCGACCGGGCUGUCUUGUGGAAGGAGCGUUAAAGCUGCGACCUACUGCAGUUCGCCAGAUCUCCUUCGGUUUCCUAUUAGAAACAGUAGCAUUACCUUCCAGUUCCGCUGACAGCGGUGGCAGCAGGGGGACCUCCAGCUUUGGGACUGGCCUCCAGACCCUACUUCAGGCUCGAGAUGGCCGCCCAGUGGUCCCACGUGGUUGGAUCUUGUCUUGUUUUGUUUUGUUUUUGAGUUGUAUCCUCAUGCAACCUUGUCAAAGACCUCAUGCAAUAUCACUUUGAAAUUUAUUUUCUGUUUACUACACAAACAUUGUAAUAUAACUGUUAAUACUAUUUAUAUAUUUGAAAGGUAUAAGAGGUAGGAGUUUAAAGAAAAUAAAAACCUCUAUGUGUAGAUAUUAACUCAGAACUUACACUCUACAGGGAGAAGACACGUUGCAAUACAAGCUAACUCUGGCCGCUUAGUAACCUCUGGAGUUCUCAAAGGGACGUUUUCCUGUACUUUUUCAAAUAAUGAUGUUCAAAAAAAAAAAAAAAAAAACGGUUACCUUGACAAGAGCGUCAUGUGUCUUUGCAAAAGGACGGCUGUGUUUGCAGUUGAGGCCUGGGCCCACCCUUCCCGUUUCUGUAGAUGCUGCAGCUUUAAUCAGAAAAGUCCACAGUUGCUGCUUCCCGAUCUCCGAGUUACUCCCUCUAAAUUGUCUUCUGACACCGUUGCUGAAGUCACCCUGUACAGGUCCUAGGCACCGAUUUUUUUUUUUUUUUUUUUUUUUUUGUCAAGCUCUUACAGGUUCAUCAAUCGAUGGCAUCCGCGUUUGGUAUCUUUUACACUUCAACCAAAAAUUUAUUAGGUAUUUUUCAAUGCUAAGUCUUGCCUUUUAUUUUUUAUUUUUUAAUUUCACUGCCAAGUGUGCAGUGGUUCUAAGUGAAUCUGUGGGCAUUUUAGCCUGUGGUCUUGCCAGAUCUUUGCGAAUUACAAUGCAUAUAUGUCUAUUUAUUCAAUACCUGUCAUAUAAUAUCUAUCUGGGAAAAGAAACUUUCUCUUGUAGUGCCUCUUGACAAAGCACAAUUUCCCGCCUUUUUUUUGUGAAAUGAAGAAAAAAAAACAAAUUGUGUUUUAUUGCAGUAUCAAUAAUGUGAAUAAGGAUUAAGAUAUUGUAAAUGUUCUUUUUUCCAUGUAAAUCAACUAUCUUUGUUAUCACUAAGUGAUAAUUAAUUUUUAACUUAUGUGCAUUGUUAGGCUGUUAGAGUUUUUUGGUUGUUAAAA